AUGACAUUUGUAUUCCCGUCCAUAAAUGGGAGGAAACCAGAGAAGAGAAUGGGCCAUGUCGCGGUUCAUUAUGACGGCUAUUUAGUGGUCUGGGGAGGCUACUAUCGUGUACGUAUCGAUUAUGACUUUGAAAAUAAUUCAUUCUUCGGGCGAUACUCUAACCUUUUACGUUUUAUAAGAUCAGCAGAGGUUAGGAAUCUCGCGCUUCCUAGAAGAUGCUCAGCUGUAGCAUCAUGUUUAUGUUGUUUAUACUUCACGAUUUUAUCCCCGGCUUUCUCCGGAAGUGGUAUACGGGUACCUCAGCCCGUUUGUAAACCGUAUGGUAUGUACCCUCAUGUUUUGGUGGGGGGGGGACGGGGCAAACCUCUUUAUGUUGACUCAUAACCUACCGAAUGAAUAGUUAAAUACUAAAAACUAGUUGAAUACUAAAAACUCAGCAACAGCCUUGCAGCUAUACUUUGUUUAGGACAGGUCCAGAUCCAGACUUGAUACCAUCCUGCAGUAUGUCCCCAUAUACACUGCAGUCAAAUGAUUAUGAGCAAAAGUAAUAUAAUAUUGUUAUUGCAUUUCAGGAGCUUUAUGGAGUUCCUUUUAUAGUUGAUAAGAUGCACAAUAGUAACGAGGUGUGGCUGUACUGCAUUGAGACAUCCACAUGGUAAGCUCUUUCUUUCAUGUAAAAAACUCUCUUUUACAUUAGCGUUUUGUGACAAAAUGGUGGCUGUCAAUUCUUGAAAUCAUUUCUAUACACAUUUUGUUUAUUAGAGCUCCUGAUAUUUUUAGGAAGCAAAUUGAAACAAGUGGAGAAGAGCCACCCUCUAUGUCAGGAUCAUCUGCAUGUGUAAUGGAAGGAAAAUCAAUGUAUAUCUUUGCUGGACAUUGUGACGGGGGACCAACCUCCACUGUAUGUCGGUAAUUCUGCGUCAAUACACGGUUUUCAGUAAGAAUUCUAGUUGGCAGGAGAAACGUGUAACAUUACAGGAGAAUAUUGGAAAGAGGCUCCUUGUCUGAAAAAAAAAAUGGUCAUAGGCUACCGAACGUUAGGUGGAAUACAGAUCUUCUUUUGCAGAAUACAAACUUCACAUGAGCUUUUGUGUCCUCCCUGACAACUCAUAUAAUUGAGGUAACAAUUAAUAUAUUAAUUUUCCAUGUCAUUUUAUUUCUGUUUAGGUUUUUGUAUUAGAUUUAAAAACAUUUAUCUGGGAAAAUCUGACAAGCAGGAUCCAGGGAAACCCUCCUUCACCAAGGGACAAACUGUGCUGUUGGACUCACAAUGAUUUGUAAGUUGUAGCGAAUGAACUGUAAUUCUGACUGUACUGCGACACAGUUCAUUUCAAAUACAAGAUGCAGUUUUUUCAUCCAAUAUCCAGGCACUGAGAAGAUGCCUUGUCAUCAAGAUAACAAUCUGGCCCCGGUUGUUCAAACGUCGGAUAGCGCUAUCCAUCGGAUAAAUCACUAUCCAGCAGAUAGCAUAAUUGAUUUCCGUAGUACUUAUCCACUGGAUAGCAAUUUAUCUGGUGGACAGCGCUAUCCAACGUUUGAACAACCGGGGCCUGAACAUUGGAUUAAACACUGUCAGCUGAGAGUGAUAUUUGUCAUAGCUUCUUUAAUAAUAUUGUCCAAGUCCUAAUAUCUUGGUGUUGAUCAUUCAUAUAAUCGGCUACAAAUAAGUUCAAGUGAAUUAAAAGCGGGUAUAUAUAUGAAUAAAUUAACUUGCACAAUUUUAUAUCCAUGGUUCCACCCCCCCCCCCCCCCAUGUGCUGUUCUUUAUCAUAGUGGGGGAUGAGCCUGGUGGCCAUAUCAGCUGAAGCCAUUCUCGUCCCCAGAGCCUAUCGUUUCUUGGUACAAAUUAAGCCAAGUGGCUCUGGGGACGAGAAUGGGUUAAAGCUGGAGGUAAAUACUCCUUGGUACAGGUAGUUUCACUAUGCUGAGCAGGUUCCAGGUUGGGAUUUGGACAAUGGACUUGUAUUGCAGAAACUCAAAGGAUACACAAAGGGAGUGUAUCAAUGCAAGAAGAACUGUCCGGGACUUGGUGCAUAUUUGGUUACAUAAUGGAUUUAAGAUUAAAUUGUUUUACAACCAGAAACACGUGAAAAUUCUGAUGUAGCAAAGAUAUAGUUAGUUUUUUGGUUGCCUUUAAACCGGACUGUGAAAGCAUUGUGAAACCCGCCUCUGAAAGCCUUGUGAAACCCUGACCUUUGCAAGCCUAGUGAAAACCCGCCUUUGUGAGUGAUUAAAAGUGAAUUGCUGUGAACACUGUCUCCUAAUUGCAGCAAAGAACAUAGCCAAUGUACUUUACAUCCAUGGUGUGCACCUGGGGCGAAAUAGAAAAGAAUGCAGGCAGGAAACUGGUCAAUGUAUAACACUUCUACCUAUACUACUAUGAGAUGACUUUAACCGUAACACUAUCAUAAUCUCUCUGUGAGCGUUGGUAUUGAUCGAUAAUAAUAUAAAUAGAUUCCUGGAGACAAAGAGUAUAAAAAGCACUAAAUAUCAAAUGGAAUUAGAAUCAUGGUAUUAUUUGCAACUAAAUUUCACCGUAGGAUUCUAUAUUUUGGAGGAUAUGGCUUGGCUCCAGACCCUGAGAGAGUAGACCAGUCUAACGGAUAUUUCACUUUUAACUCCAGUGGUGAGGAGCAAUUUACAGUAAGUUAAAAAUUAUAGUAUUCUUAAGGUUUCAACAAGACCUGGGUGAGAUAAGCCUCUUGGAAGCUACUAAGUGAUAGCAGUUAGGAAUAUGGUUAAUAGGGUUGAUCCAGUCCAAGUUUUGUUGACCCUGGUAAUUUCUGACUGACUUAUCUCAUUUAUUGCUGUGUUAUAAUUUUUGUGUGUGUAAGUAUUUUCACUGAUUACAGUGGAACCUUGAUUUAAUGAACUGCUAUAUUAUAAAGAAGUCCUUGGUAUAACGAUUUUCUUCAGCCUAGCCAAAAUUACAAUAAAAUGUAUGGAACAGAUAUCGGUUUAAUGAUCCUCAAUGUAUUGAAAUCUUGGUUAUAACAAACAAAAUCCAGAAACACAAACAUAAAAUAUACCUCAAUAUAAGGAAUAAAUGUCAACAUGUGACCAAAGGAUAGCUAAAAAGGUAAGCGAAAUAGACCAACAAGGAUAAAAUCUUUGUGUACAGUAGUUUUAUGCAGUUUUAUUUGUCUGUUCUUGUGUUUCUAGUGCCGUAGCUAUGUACAGCUCUGAACUGAGACAAUAGCUUUGUAUACAAAUGUUUAUUACAGAAAUUGGUCAGAUCUGGAAAUGCUGGGUGUUGGAAAUUAAUCAUUAACUGUACCUUGAUAUAAUGAACAUUUUGGUUGUUUUUUUUUUCUUCAAAAUUUUGUUAAAUCAAGGUUAUCAAUGUAAUGAAUCCUAAACUUAUAUAAUGAACAAAAUUUCCCCAGUCCGUUGGCCCUUCCUUAAAUUGAGGUUCCACGGUACUUGUGAACUGGUGUGGGAGAGGUGGGUUUAAGGUAGGACAAGUUGUUCUGGGGAUGAUCCUACCAUUUCAGAAUUUAGCAAUUCAGUCCUUAAAGACUCUUGGGCACCCAAUCAGCUUCACUUGGGAAUAAUUAAGCAUUAAUCACAAUCUAACUUAACAACAGGAUAACAGAGGAUGGAACAGCCACUUGUUUGUAUUGGAUACAAGUAGUCUAACAUGGAUCCAACCAAAAACAAAGGUGUGUUACAAAUGUAGUUGUUCAAACUGAAAUUCAGGUUCAAAGGGUUUCAACUUUAAUUGAUUCUCCUUGUCUCUGAGACAAAAGAAUUUGAUGAUGUCAUUUAUAAUCAUUAGUGACAAAGGAGUUGAGAAUCAAACUAGGCUCAAAAUCAUUCAAGUCUGAAUUUCAUUUGAAACUACAAUUAACACAAAUAAAUCCACCGCACACCCCUCCCCUUCUUGGGAGGUUGGGGAUAGUUAAAUAUGGAGUGUUUCCUAUUUAGAAGCCUUGAUCACAUUGAAGCACUCCUUGUAGAAAUGCUCCAUUCCACUUAAAUUAAGAGUGGUAGAAUCAUUUCAUUUGUCAACUGAAAAUACUGUAAAAGGAAUUGCAAAAGGUAUUGGAUGGAUAGGCCUUAUUUGACCGAGUUCUGUCUAUCAUGGAAGCUUUCCGCAGACUAGAACAAGGUUUUACAGUUUGGCUGCUACAAAAUUGCAAAUUGAGUGUCCAGUUACAACUACUUUCUUUCGUAACUUUAGGGCAGACCACCAUCUCCAAGAGCAGCCCAGGCAUCCGCUCAAAUUGCAAAUAUGGCCUAUCUCUUUGGAGGAAGAUAUAUGGUAUAGUAAUAAAUAAUAUAGAAAAAGGAAACUCUUGUUUCCGAAACUACGAGGACCUGCAUGCAUGGUCAAAAUUCCUUUACUUAUUUGGCGACAAAUCACUGGAAUUUACGACCGGACAAUGCUAGAACUACUAGUAAUAUACAUACCUCUUAUUACCGAGUUUUUUCGAUCCGUAAUUUACAGUACGGACCGAAAAAACGAGGCCAAUAAGAUGUUUAUUAUAUCGCUGUGGCUAUAUGUAAUGGUAACAGGACUGAGUGGAGUCCGAUUCGGUCUGUAAUCAUACCAGUGAUUAACAAAAUCGGACGACCGCGUAGCGGGAGUCCGAUUUGUUUAAUCACGAGUAUGAUUUCAGACUGAAUUGGACGACACGAAGUUCUGUUACCAAUUAAUCAUACCUUUAACAAAAUUUGUGAUACAAUAGGCUAUUUUUUAAACCAAACCACAAGAAAUUCGAAAUUUUGUUUUGCUAGCAGUGAAAAAAAAAAGCCAUUUAAGCGCGCGUGGUGGCGCGUACUGUCCAAUUACUGAGGCAUGACGCGUACUGUCCUAUUAAACUGUCCAAUUAAGGCUGAAAUCAGGGCAGUUGAGAGCCAAUCAGAUUUGACAGUUUUGUUAUAGUUAUGAUUAGGCCGGUAACCGGUCAAUUAUUAUAUGGCUUCUUCCAGUUUGGGGGACUGGAAACAAGUGCAGGACGCGCGAUUUGAGAAUCAUUUGACAGGCGUCAAGAAAGAAAGUUUUUAUUGGCUCACGAAAACAAUAGCACACAACAAAGGGUUUCCGAGAAAGUGAAAACAAAUUCGCUAUGUCGAAAAAGUUUAUUUGGUCAGAACUAAGAGCGCUGCAAGUUUUAGCUCUUUAAUGUAACGCUGGAGAGUUUUGGAAACCGGGCAAUGUGUCUUUCUCGAAGUCGUUUCCAUCUUUUCUCCGUUGGUCCUUGUAAAAAAAACACUGCAAAAGGCAAACAAGCUCUUCAAGGUAAGUUUGUUGUCAUUGUCGAAGGAUUCGCUCGUUAAUUGUUUGCGGAAAACCUCUCGAACUUCUGCCAGUUCAUUCCCGUCUUCAAGUGUGAUCUGCGUUAAAAUUUUCAAACACGGACCAUAUUUUCUUCCACGGAAAGGGUACGAUUCAGUUUCUACAUCAGCUUCGUUCUCCUUCAAACAAACGGCUAGGUUAAAAUCUGGAAAGGCAAAGUCAACAUCCCAGUCCUCAGGGUUUACAGACAUAUUUUUAAGUAUAUUCGGUCAAAACUAAGAGCACUGUAAGUAUUCACUAGGAAAAAUGAGACGCGAACUUUCCGUAUAAACGGCACAUUUCGUCUAAAAUAAGACGCGGCUUAGCUAAGACGCGUCUAGAUAAGACAUGCUCUUAUAAUGCACCUAUCAAUGUAAUGCCGGCGGGGGGGGGGGGAGGCAGGGCAUAGGGUGGGGAUUUGACUUUUUUCAAAAAUUUUCAAUCAAAUUCCCUGCCCACGGGCAAAUCAUUCCAGUCAAAUGCAACCAAAUUUCCCCACCCCAGGCUGCACAUUGCUGUCCAUCCCAAGGCAGAACCUAAGAAAGGCACAAUAAAAAUAUCUCCAAAUAAAACUCUGUAAUCUUUUAUAAACGUUGCUGCAUCACCAAAGAUACAUGUUCCCGUUACAGCUGCAAUUAUACGUUUUAACCAUAAUCCGUGUUACACUGCCUGGAAUACAUAAACCUUUAGGAGAAAGUCCACAUUUUGUAAGUCUAAAUAUACCGUUCUUAGUAAAGGGUACAAAGAAAGCCAGUUUUAUAAGUUUACAGUGAUUGUAGCGAAUGAGGCAUACACCAGGGGCACCCAAACUAGAAGAAGCCAUAUAAUAAACAUCUUAUUAGCCUCGUUUUUUCGGUCCGUACUGUAAAUUACGGAUCCUCGUUUUUUUCCAUCGAGUUAUGGCCCGCGUGCUUCGCGCUUGGGCCAUAAAUCGAUGGAAAAAAACUCGGUCCGUAAUUUAAAGUACGGACCGAAAACUCGGCUAAUAAGAGGUAUUUAUUGCCUAUUUUUAAAUGAUGUACAUUGUUGUAAAUAGUCAUCUGGUCAAAAUUAUUUUUAAUAUUAUUAUUUAUUGUACUCAAUUGGUUUAUUAAUAUAUUUUGUUUCUUUUCAUUCAGAGAUACUUUGUAACAGUAAUGCUACUCUUUAAUCCGAAUGUUGAAAUAAAGUUUAUUUAUCUAUCUAUCUACACUACCAUAAUCCUCGAGAAAGACUUAUUAAUACACAACAGUCAGCUGUCCUGAUCACUGAAAAGAGUUAUCGGACCCACUAUUUGCUAUCUAUUAAAAAGCUAAAAUGUGCCUUCUCAUUAACUGAAUUCCAAAAAAUGGUCCAGUUUAUUUCUUUAAGACCUAUAUUUAGGCACUGGAGCUAUUUCCUGAGUCAGGUUGUUCAAGGCAGUAUUAAGAUAACCCAGGGCUAGUGCGAAAUUUGAAAUCAGAUAUAAAACGUUAAAAAGCCAAUUCGGUUUUAUUCUCUUUGCCUAUAAUAUUAAUUUGAUGAUUGGAUGCUCUAAAAAGAAUAGUAAAAAUUAUUCUGCAAUAAGUACAGGUGCUACAGUCUAAUCUUAAAAUAUGAAACAAUGUUUUUAGGAAAGACGGCGGAAUGACUUGCAUUCUCUCAACAUGGACACUUUGGAAUGGAGUGGCAGGUGAAUUCAGUAGAUUUUCAGAUAUCGAAAAAUUCCACAUUCAGUGCCUCAGUGCUGUUGCGUAGUACACUGUUUGAUGCAUGCUUGAUUUGAAGAAGUUCCUUACUAACUUGAUUUCAUUUUCUGUUUUCCUUAGCAUCUCUACUACGGGAAAUGUGCCUCAAGGUAGAUCAUGGCAUUCUCUAUCUCCAGUAAGCGACAGACAUCUGUUUCUUUAUGGAGGUUACAACAAUGAUCAAGACGUACUAGGUAUGUAGUAGUGUGGAAAGUGCAAAACAGUCCUAUAGUUUUGAGUAGUCAAGAACGCGCGUGUAGUCUAACAAAAGGUCAGGGCUGUGAGGCUCGCGCGUUUUGCUCGACAUCUCACGUCUCGCAUCAUAAAGUACGAUUUUAAGACUGUUUUGUUGUCCAACAGUAUUCAUUUUAGUUCAAAGAGAGAGAGCGAAGAUUACAAAAAUUCCAUUUCUCGAUUGACAUCCGCGAAAAAAAAAAAACCGCCUGUUCUGUAGGCUAACGAAAGCGGCUGCUUUAUAGCUGCAGUGUUUUUCAAGGCGGUCGCUGUCCGUUUUCAAGAGUGCCGGUGAAGAGGAUUUCUAUACCUAAAAGAAAAAAGCAUGAAAAGACACGGGCAGUGACUGCACAUCAUUGCCGACGCCUUUUUCGGAGACACAAAAUAUCUCAAAAUAUACACAAAAUAUCUCAAAGAUCGUCGUACCGAUCAAAUUCAUACAUUCUAUCGAGAUCGCUAAGAUCGUACAAGCUUUCAAAAUAACAUCUCUGAUAAGUAUGUUCACCUUGUUGUAGAGUAUUUUAUGUCAUCGCGCGAAACGCUAUCAGGCGAAUCGACUUUCCGGCGAGACGACCGCAGUUCAUUAGAAAGAAGCUUUGUUGGUGAAUUUUCUGAAUAUAUAUUGCGAACAGUCUUGUGGCUCAUCAGUAACUGUGAAGAAAUAUGAUAGAAAAAUCGUAGUAUAGACAUCAUGCGAACAGUUGUCUAUGCUAUUAACAGCUGAUGUUUCAGUUUAGUUAUAUUUUGUUGUGUUCAGGUGAUGCUUACAUUUUAGACACCUCAACUAUGACUUGGUUCCAGUUAACAGUCCCUUCAAAUCCAAGGUAAAUAAACCUGUCGUACAAGCUAAGAGUUUAAGUUAAUUUGAACCGUGAAUAAUAUUAGGUAUUUAGAGAACGGACCUCUGGAGCCAGGAUGAUAAAAAACCGAAGCAGUUGAAAAAGAACCCCAACAAAUUAAAUAAUUUCGAAUAUUGUGAGUCAUUUCGGAAAUUUAAAUAUUAUAUAAACAGUAUAUUGCCUUAAUCUUUCGCUCUGUCUGCAAAUGAAAGAAAAAAAUGGUUCGGCACCAGUAGCCAUAAUCGGGGUAUAAUCGGCCAUAAUCGGGCUACCUCGAUCAUGGCUCUUGUCGGCAUAUUUUCCAUAAUAUUCAUGUUUUAUUUAUCAGCUCACCAAUGACCCGGAAUUGGCACACAGCUUGUUGUACAUCUCUUCCUGGCGAAGUUGUAAUUUUUGGAGGCAAAACUUCAUUUACAUUAUUUGGCGACGACCCGGUAAUGUCAGUUAACUUUACUAGUAGUCGUGAUCCCAUACCCUAUCUGUGGUGUCUAACACUUGAACUUUCCAACACGUGUUGAAGUAGGUCGUGGACUUAAAUUGUAAUUCUAGCGUUAAUGUCCAUUAAAAAAAACUUCCCGACAGUUUUGUCAGUACCGUUUGCUUUUUAGAAUUUUACAAAACGAAGUUGGAUAUUUUUUCUCGGAAACCUUGUUAGAAUGUAAAGGCCUCCAACAUCGGGGGCAUAAAAUCACUGUAUCAGCGUGUCGCCUUCUGACAGCGGUGCAUUCUCAACUCCACGUUAUAUACUUACAGGUUCUUUAGAGGAGCAAUAUUAUGUUUAUUAUGUUUCUUUUCUGUGUUUUUUAAUCAAAGUUUACCCUGUUACUGUCCUCCCCAGUUAAUCCUGGCAAUCUACUUCACUGAUUGGUACACUGGAAAGUUUUGACACUAUGUGUUCUCUCUUCUUUCGAAGUACCUCGCCAGUAUUCUGAUUUUUAGAUUCACGCCUCCGCGCCUGAAUUGGUAAGAAGAUGCUUAUGUAAUAUUUAAAAAAAAAAAUGCUUUAUAAAAAAGAAGUUCAGAGGACUGUAAUGAGUGUGAUAGACGAGCAGUGUUGUAUUUGUUGUUUUAUGUAAAAGGAUUAAAGGUUAAAGCUUUGAUUAGUUUCAUGUUCUUGUUUCUAUUAGCAGUUGUAGUUGCCAAAGGUCCACAGAAGUGCAGAACAAUGUUUUGUCUUGUAUUAUUGUGACUGUCAGGUAUUUGUUUAACUCGGUAGAAAACGAUCAGCUAAGAAUAUUUUCAGCAAGAGGAAGAAGGAGAGGGGAGGGGAGGGAAUGGCGCUAUCACCUGACAACGAGAAGACAAGGAAAAGUCGUCCUCCUUUUCUCAGAGCCACACAUGCAAGCGAAAUAGUCGGUUUAAUUCGCGAUCGCUCCACUAUCUAAAGAGAAAAAGAAAAUGCUUGCGAUCUACACCUUAGCUUAAUUUUAUAACGCACAACGAUUUUGUGCGACGGUAAAGCACAAAGGGACGGAGAACUAAGAGGCAGGCGGUUUUACUAUUAUUCAGACAGACUUAAAUCCUGAAUUUACUUAACAUGUAACUUACAGGAAGACAAUUUUUACCUCAGGUUGUGUGCUGAUGCCAUUGUCAACAAGUACUACUCCACAAUUUCCAAGCAACUCAAGUCACUUCCUAAAAAUCUCCUGGCGUCACUAUUCCUUCACAGAAGAUUGAAAGCUCUUGGCAAGAUAUGA